CAACUGGUAACUGGAAGGAAAAUAACAGUGAGAGGGAAACUACAUGUGGAUAGAGGAUGCGUUCACUCAUAGGGUCCCGCUUGUUAUUCGCCCUAUUUCUUAUCGAAGCCGCCCUUGGAUUAUACUUCCCCAGGAAGAGCUACCAAGCGACGGUAUACAUUGGCCAGCCUGCAGACACGCCACUUCUCCAGGUCUAUGCUUUGCCCGAUGGUGGGGAGGAGCGCAGGGCUAACUUUGGCUUCUGCAACAAUCCCUUGAGCGGAUUCCGACAUCACUGGUUCCGAAUCGAUGAGCGAUCUGGGGUUUUUUACCUUAACAAGACACUGGAGGAGAGUGACCUCAAUCUGCUGGGCAACAUGGGUGGACCGGAAUUAUAUAAGAUCAUGCUGCAUGUCUUUGCUGUCCACGAACCACAUCAGGAGAAGGAGUGCAAGGCACAGAUUAUAAUUAUCGUGGUGAAUAAGAACUUACCAGCCUGUGCCAACACCACAGCAGAAGACCUUUGCUUUGGAGAAGUGGAUUCCAAGGUUCAAAUUAUUGAGAACCAUGAUCCUGGAACUUUCUUUCAAAUGAAUUCCCUGCCAAACCAGUACCACUGCCAAUUUGCCAACAUCUCCUAUCACCUUGGAGCAGGUGCCUCAGUUCCAUUCAGGAUCAAUGAGGAGACCUCUGAGGUCAGUGUGGUGAAGCCUCUUGACAGGGAGCAGAGGGAGACGUACGACAUCAUUGUCAAAUGUACGUUGCGGACGCUCGCCCAGAUCAUCCAAGUUGUGAGAUCGUUGCAUGUAACCGUCCUUGACAAGGGAGAUAACGCCCCGUACAUCCUCGAUGGCAAUGACACAGCCGAGGCUUUCAUUGAGUUCAACAGGAAGGAGCACACGGUGGUGACCGCUCUCUUUGUGUAUGACACUGACAGCACGACUAAGUACACAACGACUGUGAUCGGGAACGAUACGUGGAUCACGGAGAACUUCCGUGUGAAGCCCACUGCUUUGGAGAUACCAGCCAGCGCAGAAAGACCCGCUCGAGGGACGGUAAACAAAUACGAGCUGAUACUGAAGAGAAGCUUGUCAGUCUCGGAGAACCGAUCCUUCAGUCUGGACGUACUGGUCCACGAUACUGAGUAUAAUGGUCCCAACAGCUCGGUGUUGCUUCACUUCAAUGUGAUCGUCCGGCCGAUUAUCAUCGAGUUCACCGAGAAAACAUUCUACUUCUCAGUGAAUAGGAACGCAGGACGUUCUGCUAAGGUUGGGAGAAUUUGCAUCGCAAAUUGUCAGAACUUUCAAACUUUGAGUAUGACCUACACACUGGUGCCGGUGGUGCACAGUGAAGAGAAUACCACGCAACAAGACAAAGGUUGUUCAUCCAUUGUGGGCGUUCUGAAGCAAGCCGAAGACAUAUUCGGCAUCCUCUACAUUAACGAUGUGAAGAUGCUGAGAAACAGCACGUGCUACCAACUUCACUACAUCGUCAUUGCUAAUGAAUCACUGAGCAAGGAGGAGGCAAAGACCGACAUCAUUGUCACAAUCGAGGGUGCAUACAAGGACAGAAAUAAUAAUUGCCCCAAAAUCUGUGCAACAAACAAGCAGCGCUCAGAGUGCGAGCAAUGUGGUGGACUUGGAACAUUAAAUGGGAGAUGUCAGUGGCGACAGGGCUAUGAAAAAGGAAUAUCCAAGAACUACUCUACCUGCUCGUCAGAUCUCUCCAGCUGCCCUGAUGGAUAUUGCGAUGUGGUGGAACAGAAGAAGGGCACGUGUCCGCAGGACUGUGUCGAAUGGGACAAAGUCGUCGGUGGAUUUGAACCCGGAGAGCUGGGAGGAAUUAAAGGUGGCUUUGGAACUUGUGUCUGCUACUCAGACAGCAAAUGCAUCUGCCAAAAAGAUGAGUUUGUUGAGAUGGUUUGCGAUGAUCUGUGUAAAACCAUUAUUGCAGCUGCGGUGUUGUUGUCCUUCAUCCUGUCUGUGCUGCUCUCCUCGUAUUUCAUUCAUCGAUACCAUAAAACCACUCCCAAGCCCCCCAUCGCUUCGGCAGAAAUGACCUUCAGGAGGCCAGCUCAGGCUUAUCCGAUCAGCUACUCCUCCAAUAAUAUCCGAAGACCUUCUAUAGAUUCCAUGGAAAAUCAAAUGUCUGUGGAUUCCUUCAAGAUACCAGAGGAUCCCAAGUGGGAGUUUGCCAGGAAGAACUUGGUCCUGGGUAAAACCCUGGGUGAAGGAGAAUUUGGGAAAGUAGUGAAGGCUACGGCAUUCAAACUGAAGGGCAAAGCAGGCUACACCACUGUGGCUGUCAAGAUGUUGAAAGAAAAUGCAUCUCAGAGUGAACUACGAGACCUUUUAUCCGAGUUCAACUUGCUGAAACAAGUGAACCAUCCUCACAUCAUCAAACUAUAUGGAGCCUGCAGUCAGGAUGGUCCUCUCCACCUUAUUGUGGAGUACGCCAAAUAUGGAUCACUGAGAAGUUUCCUGAGGGAAAGUCGCAAAGUCGGUCCCAGUUACUUGGGUGAAGGCAAUCGAAACUCCAGCUAUUUGGAUAAUCCAGAUGAACGGGCCUUGACCAUGGGAGACCUGAUAUCUUUUGCCUGGCAGAUCUCCCGUGGAAUGCAGUACUUAGCUGAAAUGAAGCUUGUUCAUCGUGACUUGGCAGCACGGAAUGUAUUGGUUGCUGAAGGACGUAAGAUGAAGAUCUCUGAUUUUGGACUUUCCAGGGAUGUGUAUGAGGAGGACUCGUAUGUGAAAAGAAGCAAGGGUCGAAUUCCUGUGAAAUGGAUGGCAAUAGAAUCUUUGUUUGAUCACAUCUACACAACGCAAAGUGACGUGUGGUCAUUUGGCAUUCUACUUUGGGAAAUAGUGACAUUGGGUGGAAAUCCCUAUCCCGGAAUUGCUCCUGAACGCCUCUUCAAUCUGCUUAAGACAGGAUACCGGAUGGAGAGACCAGAAAACUGCAGUGAGGAAAUGUACAACUUGAUGCUGCAUUGCUGGAAACAAGAGCCGGAUAAACGGUCAACAUUUGCAGAAAUCAGCAAAGAACUGGAGAAGAUGAUGGUGAGGAGUCGGGACUACCUGGACCUUGCAGCCUCCACACCAUCAGACUCCUUGCUCUAUGAUGACGGAGUGGCUGAAGAAGAGACGCCACUGGUAGACUGUAAUAAUGCUCCCCUCCCUCGGUCCCUCCCCUCCACAUGGAUUGAGAACAAACUCUACGGCAUCUCGUACCCCUGCUGGUCUGAAGACAGCCCUGUCCCCAUCACAAGAUUCGAUGGAACUAACUCAGUCUUUACAAGAUAUGCAAAUGAUAGUGUUUAUGCAAACUGGAUGGUGUCACCGACAGCUGCAAAAUUAAUGGAGCGUUGUGAUACUUAAAAAGCCCACGACAAGCCAAUUGCUACGUGUGCACUUUCAUACCUUAUUCCCUCUGCACACACACAGACACAUACUCCCUCCUCCGCAAGCUUUAAACUGGGCGAAAUGGAUGCAUUCCUAACUGCUUGCUCCCGACAUAGUGUGAGGAAUGGGUGACCUCUGAACCCUCACAACUUGACCUAUUGCUUCAACGAGGCCUCCUUGAUCCAGCCUCAUCCCAUUUCCCUAAUGUGAUUGCUACCACCGUGCCUGAAAUGAUCUGGUGUUUGUUUAAUUACCUGAGGAACUGAGGAAAGGAAGAGACACUGGGAGGUGGAUUGGGAGCCAGGAGGGCCUAGCAGUGGAGGAAGGAAAUGCUGGGGCCAUGAUGAUUGGAAAGAUAGGUGAAAUAAUAUAUGUAGCUUUAAUGGUGACAGCAAUUUGUGUGCCAAUUCUAAUUUUCUGUGGCUAAAGGAAUUAGAUAUUUAGAAUAAUUUACCCGUGCGCUUUGAAGUAAACCAAAACACAAUGGCUUUGCAGCUGCCUCACAGUUAUUGACUAUUACUUACACCACCAGUCUAGGUUUCAAUCUCAGUGGCUGGAUUAUUUGAGCAGUAUUGGCUGCUUCUGGCUGUAAAUCCGUCUCUUGACAUGCACACAUUCUAUGUCCCACCAUUUCCCCCUAUUAUUGAGCAUGAAUCCUGGAAGUCUUGAGUUGUGGGAAUAUCAACGCACAGUAUUAGAAGAAGAGUAGGCCAAGCAGCCUUCGGGCUCACAGUGGCAUUCUAAUAGAUCAUGGCCGCCCUGUCUGACCAUACCAUGUACCCAUCUUAGUUUCAGAACUCCUGGCACUCUCACUGAAUUUAUUAAUCUUCACUUCAAAAGUUUCAAUUGGUUCAUAACCAACAAAGAGAGAUUCACGUUUCUGACCAGUUAUGGAUCACAAAUAUCAGUGUUCCCCGGACUCCAGAACAAAGGAGAAACUAGAUGACAAAUUAGCCUAUUCACUGGUUGUUGCAAAUCAGAACAACAUGGUGCUGGGACAAUAGAAACAGCAGGAUAAUUGGACCUAGACCCUGGGCACAGUCAUCUUGAUGGCCAGCUGAUUUUUGACUAAAGGAAACAACCUCAAUUUGGAUAGUUUUAAGGGAAUCACCUUGGGGAUGGCACUAGCUGUCACAUAGGACCACAAGUAUUUGUAGUCAUGGCUGACUCCUAUGGUGUGAGGUUUGCAGGAAGCCAUUGCUACUACUUCUCUGACUAAUCAGUGAUGAAGGACAGAGGUAUUCACAGCCUGACGUUGUACGAAAUUAUAACACACACUGAUCAACUUAACAACAACUUGCAUUUAUAAUGUAACUUGCAUAUAGCUAAGCACAUUUCAAAGUUGUGUUAUUAAACUAAUUUUAAGAUAUUAAUGCUAUGUCUAAAACUUUAGUGGGGCUUAAGAAUUAUCUUAAAGGAAGAAAGAUGGAGAGAGAAGUGGAAAGGUAAUAAGGCUGAGCUACGGUUGCCAAUGGUCCAGCACUUAUAUUUGGGUAAAAGUCUAAAACUGGAGGGACAUGAACAUUCCUGAAGACUAGAGGAAAUGAGUAACAUAGGGAGUGUACCACUAUGGGGCCAUUUAAGCAGGAGCCAGUAUAGGUCAACAAGCACAAGGGUGAUGGGUGAACAAGACUUGGUGUGGGCUGCAAGACAAGCUUUCGUAUUUGGAUGGCCUCAGUUUUUCAGAGCCAGGGAGGCCACCCUAAUAUAGGUAGGUCUAGAAGUAAGAAAGGCAGAUAAGGGUCUCAGCCAUAGCAGCUGAGUUCAGGUAGGGGAAUAUUUGGGUAAUGCUUUGCAGAUAUGAUGGCAGGAAGAUAUGACCUAGUACUCCUUUCUGAGGGCAAAUACAAUACCAAGGUUGCAAACAGUCUGCUCAGGUUCUGAUUGUUGCCAGGGUAAGGAUGAAGUCACUAUCCUUGACAAUGAUGCAUAGCAAGGGGCUGAAGGAGCCAGCUUUAGUCCUUCUGCUAUUUGGUAUAAGAAAUAUCUGGAGUCAGACAAGCGAUCUUACAAUUUAGAGAGAGUGGAGAGGAAGGCACUGGUGAGGUUAAGCUGGGUAUUGUCAGUGCACAUGUGGAAACUGCACAGGGUUUUGUGGUAAGAUAUAGAAGGGAGACAAGGACAGAUCUUUGGGGUACACCAGAUGUGACGGCAUUGGUGCAGCAAGAAAAAACAUUGAUACUGAUUCUUGGCGAGAACUGGAAAAAUUAAUUUAAACAGAGUUGAUUCAGCAAACAACACGCUAAACAAACACUGCAAAACUAAAAUCCUGAUAAUGACAAUGAUCUUAUUGUACUUGGCCACACUCUGAAUUGAAGCAGCCAUGUUAGAAAGCCCAAGAAUCAGCAUGUGUAUGAGCGGAUGCUGCAGCCUUAGUAUUUCUCUUUCUGCUGGAGCUGGGAUGAGGCACCCCAUUUCUCCGUCCCACCUGAUCGACAGGAAGUACCCCAUUGACACAGAAAUGAGUUGUGUUGUUCGAAAUGAGAGUUGGUCCUGCCUAAGCUCCCAAAGAAUGAGGGUGAGGUUGUCCUUUUGUGACUAAAGGUUGUGUGUGUAUCAAUAUGUCGCAGCACCUCGAGAUGGUGCAGUAAACUUUUUAUAAAUCUGCUUUGAAUGAUUUGAGUGGAGAAAGGAAGGCCAAUAAUAUAGGAUUUGUGACCUUAGAUGCAUUGUAUAUAUCCUUACCAGGGUUGCUAAGUUUUUUUUUAAAGCUGUAAUGCGAAAGGGGGGGGAAAUGUAGAUUUUAUUCACUUCCCUUUCAAACAGCCAAUUUGUUUUCUACCUGAUAACACAAUGUUAGUGUUGGCCCCAGCACCACACUGCCAUCUGCUGGGAGGAGCUAAAUGACACCAAUGCUGACAAUAUUGAGUUAAUAGCCACAGAUAUGGAGCAUAUAAUGUUAGUGUAUUAAACUGUGAAUACUUACCACAGUCAAGGGCAUGGGGCUUUAAUGGAGAUAAUGACUUACGCUAUCUGUUUCAGUUUAGCACCUCUCUUGAAACAACAACUCAACUAAUUUGAGCUAACUAUAAUUAUUUAUAGAAAUAGUGGAAGAAGUUUAGGACUUAGACUUAGACUUAGAUCCUUUAUUUGUUAUAGGAGUGGCGAUUCUGAAAAUAUCUUGAUUAUUGUGACAAAUUGUUUAAGUGAUGUUUGGGAAAAUUAAUGCUAUCCAAUGUGUAACGAAUGUUUACAGAUACUCGCCUGAAAUUGAGAUGAUUCUUUAUGAAUCAGUAAACCAUUUUGGAGCCCCGUCCCAACAGUUGUCAGUUUCCAAAGAAUGAAAAAAAUAUUGAAAGAGGGAAUUCUCAAUAAUCUAAAUUUCUUCUUUACUCCAAAUCCCAAAUCCCUUGGGAUAGGAUGACCCGAUGAUCAUAUUUUUACUUCCUUCACCUGACAAAAAAAAUUGGUUUGUCGAGAAACCUCAUCACUGCCAGACAUCCAUUAGGUUUGAUUGUAGCAAUAGUGCAGUUGUAACCACUGCACAAAAAUGAUUAAACUCUCGACUCCAUCUAAAAUAUCAAAUGAUACAAACUGAGCUUGAAUUUUUAAAGUGAAUGUGCACCAAGUGAUCUCUGGACCCCUUGGCUCAGCUACCUUCUCACCAAUAUGUUGUUGAAAUCCUUCAUAGAACAUACAAUAGUACAACACAGGAUGCCCACAAUGUCUGUGUAGAACUUGAUGCCAAGACCAACUCUUAGCUGCCUACACAUAACCUAUAUUGCAGCAUUCCCUGCACACCUACGUGCCUAUCCAAAGUCUCUUCAAUGCCAUUAUCAUAUCUGCCUCCACCAUCACCCUCGGCAGCAUAUUCAAGGCACUCGCCACCCUCUGUGUCAAAAUACUUGUCACAUCUCACUUUCUCCUCUCAUCUUAAAGCUAUGCCCUCCAGUAUUUGAUAUUUCCAUCCUAGAAAAAAGGUACCUCAUCUAUGCUUCUGAUCAUUUUAUAUACCUCUCUCAGGGUUCCCCACAGCCUCUGGGGUUCCAGAGAAAACAAUUCAAGUCUUUCCAACCUCUCCCUCUGGCUAAUAUCCCUACUCCAAGUAUAAUUCUGGUAAACCUCUGCAUCCUUUCCCAAGCCUCCACAUCGGGGCAACGAGAACUGCGCACAAUAUUCCAAAUACGGCCUAACCAAAGUCCAAAAAGCUGCACCAUGACUUCCAGACUCCUGUACUCAAUCCCUAGCUCAAAAUGAGAUGACCGCAGUUGGAAACAAUUUUGGUCCAAGCAAUGUUUUACAACAGUACGGAGCUUUGCAGGAUGGAACACAGAUCAGAGAUAGGGUUGUAGUACAAAGGAGUUGAAUCUGUCACGAGGGGAAACUGCCCAGCAUGGCUGCUUGCUUAGGAAACAUCUUCAUAAAAUUAGCCUUUAUAUGUAUAUGACACACUUCAAGUGCCUUUGCAUGAAUGUGCAUGUGCAUAUACAUGUGUAUAGGGUAGAAAUGGUAGGGAAAACUUACGAUUAGUUAGGCGGUGGAUGUGUAUUGCACCAUGCCCAAUCUUUUUUCCCCAUUAAAGGUGUGUUAUUGGGCCAUCGUCCACUGUGUCCUAGGUUACAUUCCUCCCUCAACCAAUGCCACUGAAAGAUUGGCUUGUUAUGACAGUGUGUGGAUCUUUGCUGACAGAUCUUGCCUAUUGUUCUGUCACUGUGACUUAGACCCACGGUGCACAGAUUUCCUUUGCCUUGGUAUUCGCAGCACAAUUCAGGAGCAAAUCUAUCUUCUUGGCCUUGCCUGUUCUCUUUGUAGCAUUGUGUUUCCUAGUUGUUAAUUCACACCAAAAGAAUUUGGAAAUAUAUUUUUAAAAUAUAAAAAUUAUCUUAAAUAAUGUCAUAUAAUUCUGUUAAUUAGAACUAAUUUAUUAAUUUUGAGGAUUACUAUUUAAACUGAAUAUUUCAGUAUUUUUUCAACCAUAAUGAUAUUUGUUUCUGCAUUUGUUGUGUAGAUUUAGUGGGCAUAAUAUUGAUAAUCUGUUAUGCAAUAAAUAAUGUAUCAUGGAUGUAAAUCUUUUUUGCAUAAAAUAAAUAGAUUACUCUCUCA